GCGUGUAUGUAUGGCCGCCUCCGCUUGGGGCUGUGGGCCCAGUGGACCUUGAUAUUGGGGUCUUCUACCCGUCCCUUCCCCAGUACUUGAUUGCACCUGUGAGGGUUGUUGGGUAGGACCGUUCAUCCCACUCGUCCUUUUUUUGUUUUGUGCUCCUCCUCUUCUGCGACAUUCCUCUUCUGUGUGAAAGAAUUGUCGGCAUGACCGAUAUUUCGGUGUGGUGGAGCAAGCCAGUCUUCGAGGUGAACUUUGUGCCGUGUCCUUAGUCAUCUGUUUCCCCUCGUCGCAGCGGUGGCGUCUUCCCCCGAACACAACGCGCCCUGAUAAUAAAUGUAUACAAACGAUAUUACUGGUCCGGUGCAGCCAAAACGAGGGUGCGUUGUGUUCGGGGGAAGAUAGUAGUUGCCUGAGGCGCACCCAGCCCUGCGUUCCCCGCCCCAUUCAUCCGUGCCAGAGAGUUGCACGUCGUCGCUGGGAGUCGCACGUCGUCGCCGCCAUGGCUGCCAUCUCGUCGCGCAACGUCGUCCUCGUUGACGUGCUGUCUCCUCAAAGUCCACCAUGUCGCGCCACAGCGAGAGGUGCUAGCUUCAUCCCAAAGGGACUUGAGAGAUCUGUUUUGCGAAGCGGUUGGAAGGCCCCGCGGCAUGCAGCGGCUGCCUUUGGAUUACGACGACCUGGAAGGCAACGCCAUAGGGAGCAGAAGAUGGGGUUCCAUCCCCUAACAACCCAUGAACAAAAGGUGGAGCAUGGUGUUAAAGCGGCAAAAACAAGGAAUGAUAACCUCGCUUCUACAAGUGACUUCCUUGAAGAAAAAGAUGUUGAUGAUUUCCUGAACAUGGAAUGGAAGGACGGCGAGCUAGACGAAGUUUUUGAGAAGUUCGGCGAAACUGUAUACGUUGACCCGAACUUGGAGGAGCUUGCCAAGGCGGAUGAAGAUGACGCAGAAGUUGAGAAAUUUGCAAUUGCGAUGGCCACUGCCGCAUAUGACACCAAAGCAGUUGACAUUCGGGUCCUUCACGUCAAGCCUCUUGUGCAGUGGACUCGCUACUUUGUAAUCGUGAGCGCAUUUUCACGACCGCAGAUCGAUGCCAUCAUGUGACGUUAUUGUGCAUAUCUUUCUUCCAAAGGAACGGGAGUUUUAUGACCUCGAGGGCUUUUACGUCAAAGCCAAGGAAGUUGGCUUACCGUUUGUCUCGCCAACACUGACAUAGAUGAUAGAUAAUAUACAGAUAUAGAUGAUGGUUAAAGCGGCACUGAUACCCUUUCGUUGCUUCUCCGGGUUGUCAGUGCUCGACAGCUGCAAUUUGCUUUCCUUUCCUGUCUACAAGCAUCGACCUGAUUCUUCAGUAGGUAGUUGGGUAGUUAAAGAGGAAGAUCACCAUGCUGCCGCUGUAGAAAAGUGAUGUCGGCUGAUGGAUCUGCAGCUUUCUUUUCCUGUCCAUGAGCAUCGGCCCAAUUCUUCAGUGCAUAAUGGUAUAACUUGAACCGCCAGUACUUGUAACCCUUCCCUUGCUGAGCCUAGAAACAUUGGCGCGGCCAGCCAUUUAGCUCUGGUUGGUUGUGCGCCGAAAGUCGCGGCAUGUUAACGGCUGCGUCGGAGAACAAUGGCUGGGAAAAACACUUGUGGUUUAAGAGGAAGAUCACGCAGCUGCUGCUGCUGAAAAAAUGGUGUCUUUGGUUAGAUCGCUGAUACGUUGGGGACAGUUUUUUGGCCCUAUAUGUAAGUGCUAGCCUGAUUUUUGAGGAGGUAGUGGUAGAGGUAGUUCAAGAGGAAAACCAAAGUGGUGCACAUUUACCUCGUGCGAAGGUGCCACACAGUCACUUUGUGUUUGCUCUUCCCUUCUUGUGAAAAGACUUGGAGCUCCAUGGCCUGACCUGAUUGCAGCUACUCCCAGCUGCAGUCUAUCCAUCUAGUCGGUUCACUGGAGCAUACGGCACAGUUGUGCAAGGGUGGAUACACAGAAGUAAUUCUUGUGGGAGGUACUAAACUGUAGUUUUACCCGCUGCUCAACCAAUGUACAGUUUUCAGGAGGGAGAUUUACCAUCCAUUGUUGCACCAGUGUACUGUUUUCUGUGUUCAUUCAGCUGAGUGUGUGGACAUUUCGAUCAACUUGUCUUUGCUCUGAUGUCUAUCACAGUUAUGCUUCGGGCAUUACUGUCCUCCAAUUUUUUUAUGCAGUGGAUUUUUCAGAGGUUCUCAAAUGAGGCUAGGUUGAGA